AUGGAUUAUAAUCCAUUUACGCAGAGUUCAAACUUUGUUGAGCUACUUAAUAGCCAACAAAGUAUUUCAUUUGGUAACUACGAAGAUAGUACACUAUCUUCAUCUCAAGUUCUUCUUUUACACACUGAUGAUGUUGGCGAGCGUCGGGAACGAAGGAAGUGGACGCCCACAGAUGAUGUUGUGUUGAUCAGCUCGUGGCUAAACACGAGUAAAGAUCUAGUGGUUGGCAACAAGCAAAAAUCAGGCGCUUUCUGGAAGAGAAUCGCAGCUUACUUUGGGGCAAGUCCAAAGCUUGUUGGCUGCGAACAGAGAGAGGCUAGUCACUCCGCAACUAGAGAGAAAAGUAGCGGAUGCAAUAAGAAUGAUGUCCUGAAAAGAGCUCAUGAAAUAUUAUACAACAACCACAAGAAGAAAUUCACCCUUGAGCAUGCUUGGAAAGAGUUAAGGAACGGUCAGAAGUGGUGUGACCUUGCCACUGCCAAAAACGAUGGAGGCUCUAAGAAGAGGAAGUGUGAUGAUGGUGCAGAUUCAUCAAGCUCUCAAGCUACUGAAUCCAAGCGUCCCGCCGGUGUGAAGGCUGCAAAGGCCCGUGGUAAGAAGACUAUGGCAGAGGAAAAUGCGCUGAAUGAGUUUCAGAGAAUGUGGGACAUUAAAAAGCAAGACUUGGCAAUGAAGGAGAGGUUAUCGAAGAUGAGUCUACUUGACUCUCUUAUUGCAAAAACAAAAACCUCUAGCCGACUAUGA